UAAACCACACACCGAAAUACCUAUUUCAGAAAUAGCCAUCUAAUUAUUUGCUAAAAAAAAACAUGGAAAAUGCAGAUAUACCAACAGAAAAGACGCAGGAACCUACUGAAGAAGCCAACCAGAUUGCUAAUUCGUCCAUGGUAUGUCCAACCGAAAAAAUAUAUAAAAAUAAAUCCAGCAUACAAUUCGCUGAAAAUACGGAAAAUACAAGUUCGCAAAAAAGCAGCUCAUACAAAGAAGUGCUGAGUCAACCAGAUCCAGGGUUGUCACACCGCCAAAAACUUUUCUGGCUGCAGAAACAUCGCACGCUUGGAAUAUGGGUACAAUGCGAUGACUGCGAGCGUUGGCGGUAUCUACCUAACCUUCUGGAUAGUUCUGAAUUACCCCAUCGAUGGUACUGUCGGAUGAACACAGACAAAGCAUUAGCGGAUUGCUCUGCACCCGAAACGCCGAUUCAUAUCCGUGAAGAAGAAGAUCUAAUCCACAGUGUUUAUUCAUCGGGAUCAGUGGUGUGGGCUCGUCUGAACGGGUGGCCGUGGUGGCCCGCCAUGGUUGAUGAUUGUCCUGACGUUGAGCAGUUUUAUUGGCUUGACGGAUUUUCUGAUAUACCAACACAUUACAACGUUGUAUUCUUUGAUGUACAUGACGUGACACGUGCAUGGAUAGCUCCAGAGCAAUUAAAACCUUACAAUGCCAAUAAAACAAUAUCCAAACAUUUACUUAAAUUAAAAAAAUAUAGACUUCGUCUCGAAGCUGCCAUCACUCAAGCUGAUGAUGCCGUAAGACUACCGCUUUUAGAUCGUUUAGAAAAAUAUAGCUUCCUUACAAGAUAUAAGGGUCAUAUUGCAAGCCCAAAAAGAGUAAACCAAAAGGACCUGUUGAGGUAUCAAAAAAUAUUUAAGAGAAAAUUCAACGUUGAGUUCCCAAUAGAGACCUCAUCUGAUUCAGAAGAUGAAGUUGAUAGGAGGAAGCCAGUGAUAAAUACGAAGACUGCAAAAAAUAAGAAAACACGAGUCGAAAAUUUAAGCAAUAAGCUUUGUGGAGUUAUGAAAACACGAUCAAUUCCGAAAAAUGAGACAAAUCGGAUAAAACAUAAUUCUGAAAAGAGUAACAAUGAGCCUGAUUCGAUUGCCGUUCUUGUAGGCAGUGAUGUUAAUCCGUCGCUUACUACUACGAUUGGCAACGAUGCUAAAACCAAUAUUUCAGAACCAAAACAUGCGAUUGAGUCAUCACAACUACCACUUUUACAGGACGGAAACGCUUCACCGUCCAGUGAUGAUUUUGAUUUUUUGUAAUAGUCUAUAUGAGUCAUAAUGUUUUUUAUAUUGUUAUAAUUAUCUUUUCUAUCCACCAUACAAUGAUAUUUGAAAGCAUGUUUCGUCGAUACUAUAAAUGUUUAGGUAACAUGAUUAGUUUAUAUUUUUUUAAUACCUUAC